UGAGUGGAUGUGUCCACAUGUGACCGAUCAGAAGGCAGACCUCUAAGGUUUAGGAAUGUGUAUAUAUCAGAGUCACGUGGUGCAGCAGGUCUGGAGCUCCCUUCCAGGCUGCAUCUGAGUGACCAGCUCGCUGCCGCUCCCUUUGCUGGCUGUCAAACAGUUUAGAGCCGCCAUCGUGGUGAUAACCGCUGUUUCGGUGUCAGUCUUAUCCGAUAACACGGAGGCAUUGUAGAGCGUUUCUCUUCUGUUCGCAUCCGGAUCCGCUGCAGUCUGCAUCAGCCAGCUGUCUUGGCAUCACUUCUUCCACCUCCGGCGUCAUGUGAAAGGACUCCACGGUGGUACGCGGAACCUUCCUCCCGAGCAGCGCACUAGUUAGUAGUGUCCACGUCCUCGUCUCCCCCUCCUCCCCUCGCCGGCUGGCCCCAGAUCGUCCGGCGCCUGUUGGCGUGCGGCGGAGCCGAGGAUGAGCGAGCAGGGGAAGGGCUCGGCGUCCGCUUCCACCGCGGCCCCGGCACCGGGGUCGGACACUUACAAAGGGUGGCUCUUUAAGUGGACCAACUACCUGAAAGGGUACCAGCGGCGAUGGUUCGUCCUCAGCAACGGCCUGCUUUCAUAUUACAGGACGCAGGCAGAAAUGGCGCAUACAUGUCGUGGAACAAUAAAUCUGGCCACAGCGCACAUCGACACCGAGGAUGCCUGCAAUAUCGUGUUGAGCAGUGGUGGGCGCACUUACCACCUGAAGGCUAGCACUGAAGUGGAGCGGCAGAGAUGGGUCACAGCUCUGGAGCUGGCCAAAGCUAAAGCCAUCCGAAUGAUGAAUGAUCAGUCUGAUGACUCGGGGGAUGAGGAGCCAACAUCACAGUCAGACCGCAGCGAGCUCCAGGGCACCCUGAAGAUUCUCAUCAGCAAGCUUGAUGACCUCAGCACAUGCAACGACCUGAUCGCCAAGCAUGGUGCCGCCCUGCAGCGCUCCCUCAGUGAACUCGAAGGUCUUAAGGUCCCUCUGGAGGGAGGAGAGAAGAUCAAGGCAGUCAAUGAGCGGGCCACACUUUUCCGCAUCACUUCCAAUGCUAUGAUCAAUGCGUGUCGAGACUUUUUGGACUUAGCUGAGACUCACAGCAGGAGGUGGCAGCGGGCGCUGCAGUAUGAGCGAGAGCAGCGUACCCACCUAGAGGAGACCAUUGAGCAGCUCGCCAAACAGCAUAACAGCCUUGAGCGAGCGUGGAGAGAAGCACCCACGCUCGUCUCCAGUCCACCCAGUGCCCCAACCAACAACCAGGGGAGUGAACGGGUGCGCAAAGAAGAGGCAAGUGAUGAAGAUGAAGAUACAGAGUACUUUGAUGCCAUGGAGGAUUCCCCUGCCUUUAUCACAGUGACUGCCAGUGAAAGCGCACAGCACCGGAGAUCUCAGAGUAAUUUGAGCGGCGCUAGCGGAGGCCAGGCCAGCGACUGGAACCAGGACGACAGCAUGUCUCCGAGCUGUAACGAUGUGUCGGGAAAGGAGCUGCAGCCUCGCAGACAAAGACGGACUCACAUCCCAGACAAGCCCAAUUAUUCUCUCAAUUUGUGGAGCAUCAUGAAGAACUGCAUCGGCAAGGAGCUCUCUAAAAUCCCUAUGCCUGUUAACUUCAAUGAGCCGUUGUCGAUGCUGCAGCGCCUCACCGAGGACCUGGAGUAUCACGAACUUCUAGACAAGGCGGCGCGCUGCGACUCCUCCCUGGAGCAGAUGUGCCUGGUCGCUGCCUUCUCCAUCUCCUCCUACUCCACCACGGUCCACCGGACUGCCAAGCCCUUCAACCCCCUCCUGGGGGAGACCUAUGAGCUUGAUCGCCUGGAGGAGUUUGGCUACCGCUCACUAUGUGAGCAGGUGAGCCAUCACCCUCCUGCUGCUGCACAUCAUGUGAUUUCCCAAAGAGGCUGGACCUUGUGGCAGGAAAUCACCAUUGCCAGCAAGUUCCGUGGCAAAUACCUCUCUAUUAUGCCUCUGGGUGCCAUCCACCUGCAGUUCCACUCCAGUGGGAACCAUUAUGUGUGGAGAAAAGUCACCUCCACGGUGCACAACAUCAUUGUGGGCAAGCUGUGGAUUGAUCAGUCAGGAGACAUCGAGAUCCUGAAUCACAGGACAAAGGAGACCUGCCAGCUCAAGUUCUCACCGUACAGUUACUUCUCUAGAGAUGUUCCACGAAAGGUGACCGGUGUUGUGGCAGACAGUGGAGGGCAGGCACAUUACAUCCUCUCUGGUACUUGGGACGACAAAAUAGAAAGUGCCAAGAUCAUUCAGAGCAGUCGAGGGGGCAGCGGAUCCGAGGGGAAGCAGAAGACAGUCUAUCAAACUCUGUCCCCCAAACUUUUGUGGAAGAAGUACCCUCUACCGGAAAAUGCUGAGAACAUGUACUACUUCUCAGCUUUGGCUCUGACCCUGAAUGAACCAGAAGAUGGCGUGGCGCUCACGGACAGCCGCAUGAGACCCGACCAGAAGCUGAUGGAGGAGGGCCGGUGGGACGAGGCCAACUCAGAAAAACAGAGGCUAGAAGAGAAACAGAGAGCUGUGAGGAGAAGGAGGGAAGCAGAGGCAGCAGAUGCACUGGAUGAAGAGUGUGAAUAUGACUCUGGUAGAGAAUAUGAAGGCUACCAGCCGUUGUGGUUUCACCAGAGGAGAGACUCGCUUACUGGAGAGACAAACUUUGUGUACAAGGGAGGUUACUGGGAGACGAAGGAGAGACAGGACUGGAGCAUGUGUCCUGACAUCUACUAACGCAGGAGCUCUUCAGAUAACACCAACCUCAUCGGGCAGGGAACCACUGACUCUCUGGUCUGCAGGCAGUGGAACACAACUGGCCUACCAGCACCAUUCGGACCUUGAAAAGAGAGAGAGGGAGCGAGAGAGAGAGAGAGAGAGAGAGAGAGAGAGAGUGUGUGUGUGUGUGUGUGUGUGUGUGUGUGUGUGUGUGUGUGUGCGUGUGUGUGUGUGUGUGUGUGCGUGUGUGUCACACAGUCUCAGAUCACACAGUACCUCCAAAUGCCAUUUGGUUUUUACUCUGGUAAAAAGACAGGACGUUCCCUCGGCGAUCUUUAAAUAAACACACCUGAAGCUCUGGUGCUUGACAUAUAUUACCCACAAUGCACUUAGUCUAUUCCAUCACAGAGUUUAUUAAAGUAGCUUCUAAUCUAACCCAGUCAUAAAGAACCACAUAGAACAGCUCAAUGCACAUCUCAGUAUCUGUGGUUACAAAACAAGCUAUAGAUUAAACUGAAUUCACCCCAUAAAUUUAAAAUCCUGGAACUGUUUUUGUUUCUAAAGUUCGUCUUUUGCUUUCAUAUGAAAGAAGCAACAUUUUUAAAUAAGUAUGUUUUAAAAUAUUUAUAAGAAUUUAUCACUGGAAACAAAAAAGUUUAAAUAAAUACAAACAGGAAGUAUAUUUAGAUUUUAAAAAGGAUUAUUUUAUUUUAUUUAUGUAUUUUUUUUUCAGAAAUUUGAUGCCUUGUAUAAAGUCAUAACAUUCAGACAAAUAAUAUAUAUAGAAAAGUCUGCUGAUUUAGAACAAGUGAAAUUCGAGCUGGUUUGGAAGAUAGUGAGUCUUUCUGAUGUUUGAUGUUGACGACAAAUUUUGCACAAUUCAAAAUAUUUGAUGUCGAGCUAAUUAUAUCUCCAUUCUGAAAUGAUCAAGUUUGAUCUGCAAAUGAUCUUUAAAUAUCCACUUAAACCUGGUUUAUCUAAACACAUAAUGUGUCAGAAAUGGAUUUUAUUUGAGGUGAUUUUAUUUCACGAGGACAAAUAUCCUCAGUAGCUCAUAGAACAUCUCAUGAUUUCUAUUCUGAAUGUAAGCUGCCUUCAUUUGGUCAUCCAAAGAUGCUUCAGACAUGUUGAGCUCGUGGUUCCGAUUAGUAGAACGAGUUUAUUUUUCCUGCUGCACAUUAAAAACCUUUUAUUACAUCAUAAAUGGAGAUUCACCUUUCGCCUUUGGGUCAGAACCCUAAAGUGAGGUUCUAAUGUGAAAACAAAAAAACUCCCUCAAAAGUGAUGAGUUUAAACCGUGUUGGACUGACAACUGGUUUAGAAAUAUGUGUGUAUUACAGUGAGCUUCCCUUCUGAUUGGAGGGAAGCUCAUUUAAUCUGAGGGGGCUCAGAAGUUCAACCAGGCCUGGAGGUCAGUAGGAACAUCUGCGCUGAUGUUGGAGUUUUCACCUCAUUCACUAAUGGAUCUGCAGCCAGUUUCGGGCUGGUUUCUGUGGUGCGCUCUGUUCCACAGCCUCAUCUGGAUUUCUGUGUGCGAGACCGGACCAGGCUCCUCAGAGUUGGAGGUCAAAGGUCACAGCAGCAAGGCAAGGCGGGGCUGGUUCCUGUAUCCUCUCACUGCAGUCAGCGGCAGUCUCAUGACUCCAGACUCACCAGAGCUCAUUCUCUUUGUGGACGUGCUGAUCUGGGAUCAGCUCACAAAAGUACACAGUCUUUUUGCCUUUAACUGACUGAACAAGGGAACAAGUCCCCUGACCUGUGCACUACAAGUCUACGGCAACAGGAGUUAAAAAAAAAACAAGUUAGUAUUUUUUUUUUGUAAUUAUUGUUAGGAAUGUAGAAUUUAUGACUGGAGGUGUUCUGCCGUCUGGUCGAUUUGUUUGAAUAUUUUGUGAUAAAACACUGAUAUUGUAAAGAAUAGCUAUACUAAUCUGUGUGCGUGUACAGGUAAAACUGAAUGAGCCUGAAGGAUUUUUAUUCCAGAUUGAUGCUGUAAAACUUGACAUUUAACCCUGGAGCGCCUGUGAUUUGGCCCAAAGCUGUUUUCAGAUACAUUUUGAUGACUCGGAAUAUUAGAAAUGUUUGUUAUUUCUCCUUGAUCUGGAAAACUGCACUGGAAAAAAAGAAAUCCCUUCACAAAUGAAUUUUUGCUCAACAGAAUGGAGACUGAUGGUUUGAAAACAUGAGCUGUUGAAAGAUUUGUGUGUGAGGUUAAAGGCUAUUGAACGGAUGAUUUCAUGAUAAAAUGAAUAAUCAAUUAUUUUUCUUUGCACAAAAAUGUUUGUUUUUUCCUUUAAAUUUAAGCUUUUUUAUGGUUGUUUGAUUUGACUUAUGAUCACUUACUGAAUAUCUAAGAUAUUUUUAUAUUAGAUUUUUAUCUUAAGCAGCAUAAAAUGAAUUAAUGAACCCCUCUUGAAGAGAUGGAUUGUAUUUCAUAAAGUAGAAUAAGUACAGAAGCUUAGCUUUGCACUUUUCAUCCUAAACUGUCCUUUAAAGCAGGAAUCUGGGAUUUUUUUCUCAGAUGGCUCCAUCUAGAGGGAAAAAAAUGUAUUGCACCUCUGUGAUUGACAGCCCUAAUCCCUUCUUUCCAAAGUGUGGAGAAAAACAGCACAAAACAGUGUGUCCUCCAUUAUAUUACACUUUUACAGAUGUCUAAAAAAUAAAUCAACAUAAUCCCUGAAAGGGAGAAAACUCUGGAUUGCUGCUUUGAGACAUAAACACAUCUGAUGUAUUUUUCAGAAUAAAUUUGAUCACAAUUAAGAAAUAAAUCUUGAGAAGAAUUGAUAGUCGCAUGAUUUAUGCAGCAGCAUCAGUUUCCUCCUUUUAAGUUGUCACUUUACAUCAUCGUGAUCGUGGUGACAAAAUAAAAGUUUUAAUGAAACCAGAAUGUUAUUUCUCUUAAAGGGUUUACUAGAAAUGAACUUGAUUAUUAUGUUUAAGAUAAUUUUUUUAUAUUUAAACAUAUUCUAUAUUUUAAAUGACUGAUCAGGUAGUUUUUAUCAGUUUGAGACCCCUCUAGUAAAAAUGUCCCUCUGUGGGACCCGUAAGGUAUCUGGCAGCUGUAGCAAUGACCUGGUGUGUGUGCUGCUUCAGCGCAGGAGAGAGGAAACAAAACUACCAAAGUGUGAGAAGUUAGUGGAGACUUGAGAACAAUGUUUUCAUCCGCCUUCCCAUCAUAUUGCUUUCCCCUUCGACAGCUUCUGGCAUGACUCUACGCUUUUAUUGUUGCUCUGUUCAGACCUUCUCAUGUGUGCCAUUUAUUGCUUUCCUUGUCCAACUGGACCCAAGUUUCUCGGUGGAUUGAGUCUGGUUUGAAAGCGGUGACAUUUAUUAUCUGUAUGAUGAUAGAAGCUGUGAUACCUGACAGCAGCAAUCUGGUACAGGACGGGUGAAGCGAUGGAUUGACCUGCCUCAACCCCCCCCCCCCCCCCCCCCCCCCCCCACACACACACACACACACACCUCCAGUAAACUCUGGUGUUUUCAGGUUUAAUAACACAUUUAAAUAAAGUUGGGGGAGGGGAUUCCACAUUGUGUGAUUCCCUACUUAAUUUAAACUUAGGCACAUUGUGUUUUAACAAGAAACACAAUAUUGAAAAAGUAGACGAAUAAAGCUGCUAUUGUCGACACUUAAUAUUUUCCUGCAUUAAUGGGUGGUUUUUUUUACAUAUUUGCACUGCAAAAAAGUAUUUUCAAGAGAGUAAAAAAGUCUUGUUUUAUUUUUUAUUUAAAAAGACUCUAAAUCUUGUCUGCAAAACCUGCAAAAAGUAGAUAUUCCUAAAUAUGAUCAACUUUUGUUUUUAGUAAAUACAUCUAAUGUUAGAUUUAUUUGCAAGUUUUAAAAAUUCUAACCAUUUCAUACCCUAUUGGCAGAUUUUUUUUUUCACUCAAAAAAAAAUUCUGUUUGAUCACAUUUCUUUAUACCAGUGACGCCCCCAGAAAAUUUUGAUGAGGGUGGCCAGACGGGGCCAAAGAAAAAUGAGAGCUGUCACGCCAAAUUGGUCCUUAUGGUUACUCUGGGAGAGUUAGCGUGCAGCGAUGCGUUGCUCCUUUAUUCAUUUUUAUUAAAAGAUAAUAUGUAUCCAAAACACUUAACUCGAAAUAGAGAAACACAAACAUGUUAGAAAAUAAAAUUUUCACGGCUCCGCGCGGCAAAAUUGCAUCAUUUUAACAACCACGCCCCUCCACCGCGCCUCCGCACGGCCCAAACUUUCUGCACCGCGCACCUAGGAAAUUUUCUAACCACGCGGA